CAUGUGACAUCAGUUACCAGCACCAGAGAAGAGAGAUGUCAAUAGCGUUUGAGCUAUGCUGUGGAGGGCACGCUGUAUGUGUCCAACAUGUCUAUGUUCUACCCGACUCUGUUACUUUGUGUGUACGGCUUCUUUGCUAACCUGCGUCCGUCGGCUUUCCUCACUGCCUACCUCCUGGGACCAGACAAGAACCUGACUGAGACUCAGGUUGGUAAUGAAAUCUACCCAGUAUGGACAUAUUCCUACCUGGUGUUGCUGUUCCCCAUCUUCCUGGCCACAGACUACCUCUGUUAUAAGCCUGUCAUGGUCUUGCAGGCGACUAGCUUAGUGCUUACCUAUGUGAUGCUCCUGAAGGCCCAGGGCUUGCUGGCCAUGCAACUCCUGGAGUUUUUCUUUGGGCUGGCCACAGCCUCAGAGGUGGCCUACUACUCCUACAUCUACAGUGUAGUGGAGCCGACACACUACCAAAAAGUGACAAGCUAUUGCCGUAGUGUCACACUGUUUGGAUCGGCUGCUGGCUCUCUGAUUGGUCAGCUCCUCCUCUCUGUGGCCAAAGUCCAGUUGCUCCACCUUGUCAUCAUAACUUUAGCAUCAGCCUCUGUGGCGUUUGUCGCUCCCUGGUUUCUACCCAUGCCCAAGAGGAGCUUGUUUUUCCACAAGAGUUUGGGAGCGGUGGAGGAGAAGCAGCAGAGAGAAAGCAGAUCAUUGAUGGAGAAGGGAGAGGACUCAGAGAGUAAAGUGCCGCUAAACAACCAAGAUGUCUCAAGUGAGGCAUCCAGGUCCUCUGCGGCAGGGAAUGGUAGCAGUGGUCUUGUGGAAGGGCUACAGAUGUUGUUUACAGACUUCCUUCAGUGCUACAGAUGUCGCCCCCUGCUAGCCUGGUCACUGUGGUGGGCGCUGGCCACCUGUGGAUACUUCCAGGUCCUCAACUACGCUCAAGUACUCUGGGAGAACAUUCGUCCAUCCCAGGAAUAUGAAAUCUACAACGGCUAUGUAGACACGCUAUCCACUCUGCUGGGGGCUAUGACAGCUCUGCUGGUGGGCUACCUGCCAGUGAGCUGGGCAUUGUGGGGGGAGCUGGUUCUGUGUGUCCUUUCCCUGCUGAUGGCUGUGUGUGUAUUUGUCAUGGACACACUGAGGAACAUUUGGCUGUGUUACAGCUCAUAUAUCCUCUUCAGAGCCACAUACAUGUUACUAAUCACUGUUGCCACAUAUCAGAUCGCAACCAAUCUCAACAUGCAGCGCUAUGCCUUGGUGUUUGGGGUAAACACUUUCAUGGCUCUGCUCCUGCAGACUCUGCUCACUGUGGUGGUGGUGGACUCGGCUGGCCUUGGCCUCAAUGUCUUCACUCAGUUCCUCAUCUAUGGCUGCUACUUUGCUGUCAUCUCCGUGGUGUUCCUCAUUUCUGGGCUUUGGAAAUUGGCCUCCAGAAGGCACUCUGAGCAGGGGGUGCUGGCCAACAGCCCAGAAGAGCCGACUCUCCUGCGAUCAGUGACACAAGCUCUUGCAGAUAGCACAUCAUGAUAGCUAUUAGCUUCUCACACAGUAAAGCUCAUUGAGCACAGUGACUCCACAAGGCGAGGUUCAGUAAUCUCGUAGGCCAUGGGGUUUCUUCAUUGUGUCAAAGUAGAAGGUAGAGGCAAAAACUACUGUCUGUAGAAUGACUGUAUGUCUCUCACUGUUUCUUUGCCUUUUGCUUAGCAAAGCACUUCACAGGUAGGAGCGACCCCUUUCACAUAAAUAAAUAUAACAUAAAUACA